CCGGGGAGCAGGACUGGCAGGACCGGUUCCAGAGGCUCCGGUCCUGCGCUGACUGUGUGUGAGUAAGUGGACUCCUUUCACAGGUAGACCGUGUUAAGACUGUUUUGGGAGUGUAGAAUGGUGGUUGUAUGUCCUAUCUUAACAUUGGAAGCUAUCGAGAAAGAUUUAGUUUUUGAUUGAUUUAUAUUUUCUGUCGGCAAAGGGGCGUUGUCAAGCGAACAGUACAGACCUUUCCGCUGGCUGCACCAUGUUCUCCUCCUCCACGCCCUACAAGAACCAGAGCUACGACAAGCUGAAGAGGAGUUGCCUCGAGGACAAAUCCCUGUUCGAGGACCCAGAGUUCCCCACCACCGACAAGUCCUUGUUCUUCCGGAAACCCCUGCCCGGUCGGGUGGAGUGGAAGAGGCCCGGGGAGAUCAGCAGCGAGCCUCACCUGUUCGUAGAAGGCAUCAGCGCGCACGACCUGCACCAGGGCCUUGUGGGUAACUGCUGGUUCGUGGCAGCAUGCUCCUGCCUGGCUCUGAAACCGCAGCUGUGGAAGAAGGUAAUACCCGACCAUGAUGAGCAAGAGUGGGACCCCAAACGGCCCGAGAACUACGCCGGGAUCUUCCACUUUCAGUUCUGGAUCUUCGGGGAAUGGCUCGACGUGGUGGUGGACGACAGACUGCCCACCAUCAACGGGGAACUCAUCUACUGCCACUCCAAACCCAACAACGAGUACUGGAGCGCACUGCUGGAGAAAGCCUACGCCAAGCUGUCCGGGUGCUACGAGUCCCUGGAAGGCGGGAACACGGGGGACGCCAUCGUGGACUUCAGCGGCGCCGUGGCGGAGAGCAUUAGCCUGGAGAAGGAGGCCUUCUACAAGGAGCCGGAGAAGGAGGCAAACCUUUUUGAGGACCUGCUCAAGGUGUUCGAACGGGGAGGCCUCAUCAGCUGCUCUAUCAAGGCGAGUCCAAAUGAAAUCGAGCUGAAGAUGGCCAACGGGCUGGUGAAGGGCCACGCCUACUCUGUGACGGCCGUGAAGAGGGUGCGGUUGGGCCACGGGCUGGUCGCCUACUUCAAGAAUGAGACCAUCCCCCUGAUCCGCAUGAGGAACCCAUGGGGCAAGAUCGAGUGGAGGGGAGACUGGAGUGACAGCUCUGACCAGUGGAAGACGGUGGGGGACAUGGAGCGAGCCAACCUGGGCAUCACGGUGGAGGAUGACGGAGAGUUCUGGAUGGCGUUCACAGACUGGUGUAAGCACUUCUCGGAGGCUGACGUCUGCCGCCUCAUCAACACCUCGGUGGUGAGCCUGCAAAAGACCUGGCACGAAGUGGUGUUUCACGGGAGCUGGACCAAGCACGCCGAGCCGCUGAGGAACCGCUGUGGCGGCUGCGCCAACCACAAAGCUACCUUCCUGCAGAACCCGCAGUACCUGUUUGACGUGACAAAGGAGGAAGACGAGGUUCUGAUCUCCUUGCAGCAGAGGGACAUGAAGAUCCACCGACAGAUCGGCCAGGGGGAGAACCUCUACGUGGGCUUCUGUGUGUUCAAGGUGGAAGAGAACAGAAAAUAUCGCAUGCAUGACGUCCUCACCCAGAAAUGCGUGGAGACGUCCGCGUACAUAAACGCGCGCACCGUGUUCAUGCGCUGCAUGCUCACCAGGGGGCGCUACGUCCUCUUCCCCACCACCUUUAAACCGCAGAUUCUGGGCGAGUAUAUGAUCCGCGUUUUCACCGACGUGGACGCGUUUUGCAGGGAGCUGACUGAGGACAAGCCCAGGACCCGUUGCUGGAGUGCCUUUGUGGGCUACCCCCAGCUGGUCACCCACCUCUACGUGCACGCCGCCGAGGGCCUGGAGAACCAGGACAACCCCGGAGGAGCCGACCCCUACGUCAUCAUCCACUGUGAGGGCCAAUCUGUGAAGUCGGUCAUCCGCAAGGACACGCUGGAACCAGAGUUUGAGACCAUGGCCAUCUUCUACCGGAAGAAUCCAAGGAAACACCUCACUAUACAGGUGAGAUGGUGGAAACACCUCACUAUACAGGUGUGGAACAGCAACCCGGUGCAGGAUGAGUUCAUGGGCCAGGUGGUCCUAGCGGGCGGGGUCAAGGACACCACAGAGCCCCAAAGGCUCAGGCUGAGGAAGAGGGGCCGUCGCAUGGCCGACGAGAUGCCCGGCACCAUCAGCCUGCGCAUCGUCACCUCCACCCAGCUCCUCGACAUGUAACCACGGCAACCGCCGAUGCCCCAGCCCAAUCGGAUCGCCUCACGAUCGUGACAGGGGUGUUAAGUGGGUGUCUGAGAGUGUGUUUAAGGAGAGAGAAAGCAGUUUACAGCAGAUUGUAAAAGCCAGGUACAGUGCUGGGCUGAAUAGGGGUGUUCAAACGAAUGGUCUCUGAUGUUGUUCUGAAGCCCACAGCCACUUACACCGAACAAGUCUGUGCUGUAACCAAGCGUUACACAACGCGUUUACCAAAGUCGUGAUUAAAGAGGAACAAAGAAACAAAUGUUAAACCCCACGGGAUGUUUCUGAUUAGCUCACACACAUGUGCCCUGUUUGCAUAGUGAGUAUAUAUAUAAAUUGAGUAUGACUAUUAUGGGUAGCCGUCUAGAGCUAGCUUUCUGACGGUGAGACAGCCAUUGAAUGUGUAGCAGUUUGACCAAAGGGCUCUUUCUGGAUUAGUUGUUUUGUAAUACAUUUUACAAAAGUAGGCAAUAAACUGAACUAACUAACAACCUGAAUGUCUUUACAUCAAUAUUACCAGACAAAGAUUAAUAACCAUAGAUAUUGCUCAUACUCAUACACUAUAUGCCUAUUCAAUAACAUAUCAAGCUGUUUGUAACUGACUAUGAUAAUGCCAAAGUAUAUGCAUACUUUAUUAUGUAUCACUGUCUAUGGCAAAACGCAAACGUCUUUAAUAGAAUGUGAAUAAAGCCAAUGUUUUCUA